AGCAGCCAAUGGAUUUGGCGCCGUGUGGGCGCACUCGCGGCCGCGGAGCCGCCUCUCGGCGCCGCUCUCUCGCCUCCCCAGCAGCGGAGGACACACUGCCUCUGCAUCUCAGGAUGCUGGGAUGUGGAUGAACGGGGGAGCACCGUUUGUUCCUCUACAGCCAAGGAACCCCCGCGGGUCGGGCCAAAGCCCACAUAGAACUAACUAAUUGUUGACAAAAUUUCUCAAAAUCUAUACAUAUAUCUAGUGUUUGUUAUCGGCCCUUGGAGGCACCACCAGUUUUUGUUCUCCGUCUGAACGUUUGAAAAGAGCUCCACGCCACCAUGCCUGGAUUUCCACCGGCCCUCAGCAAGCUGCGGGACAAGGCGUCCGCCCUCUUUGCACCACACCAGCAAUAUGAGGAGUUCGAAAUGCCCGACCAACAACAGCAGCAGUACUCCCAGAUGUCCGACAUGCAGAACCUGCGCGACGUGCAGCCGCCGCACUUGGGCUACAACAAGGCCGAAGAGGCGUCUUUCGGCCCCGGGGGAGCAGAGCUGCCGGGGACCCCGCAAUCGGCCCCGGAAAUAGAGAGGCCGCCGCUGAGGCACAUCGACAAGUACAUCAGACCAGAGUGCCCCUGCCUCAGCAAACGAUACACCGUGGCUGUGCUAACCUGCGUUGGCUUUGUUAUUUCAUUUGGAAUGCGUUGCAACAUGGGAAUGGCGAAAUUGCAAUUUGAACACAGAGAGAAAACUAAUGGAUCAGACGGGGUAGCGCCAAUAAAAUGGUCCGUGGGGGUGGAGAGUGCAGUGGAUUCUUCCUUUUUCUGGGGCUACCUUGUCACCCAAGUACCAGGAGGGUUCUUAGCUUCUAAAUAUCCUGCAAAUAGAAUUUUUGGCACAGCAAUAGCAUGUUCUUGCUUCCUCAACCUGCUGGUUCCAGGGGCCACAGUGCUGCACCCGACCUUUUUAAUCAUCGUCAGAAUUCUACAGGGACUCGUGGAGGGUGUAACAUAUCCAGCGUGCCACGGAAUUUGGAGGUUCUGGGCGCCUCCGCUGGAGCGGUCCAGAUUGGCCACCCUCGCAUUUUGCGGCUCGUACGCAGGUGUGGUUUUGGGAAUGCCCCUUUCUGGUCUACUAACCGCCGUGCUCGGCUGGCAAGCGCCUUUCUACUUCUACGGCUGCAUUGGCCUGGUCUGGUACUUGGCGUGGCUGUGGCUCACGUUCGAGAAGCCGAAAUACCACCCCAGCAUAUCGGCCGGCGAGCUGCUCUACAUCGAGCAGUCGAUAGGCGAAACGACCAACGUGGCCAUGCCGACCUUCCAGACGACGCCGUGGAAGGCGUUCGCCUCCUCGAUGCCCGUCUACGCCAUCAUCGUAGCCAACAUCUGCCGAUCGUGGAACUUUUACUUCCUCGUCCUCUUCCAGGCUGCCUACCUGCAAACGUUCAACCUCAAAAUUGCAGAGACCGGGUUCGUCGGCGCCCUGCCGCAUUUGCUGAUGGCCAUCAUCGUGCCCGCUGGAGGUCUCCUGGCUGAUCACGUGCGCAAAAAGGGAAUCCUCAGCACCACCAACGUGCGCAAGCUCUUCAACUGCGGCGGCUUCGGUAUGGAGGCUAUUUUCUUCCUGGUCACGGCCUACGCCAACAGUGCCACCGCCGCCACCAUCAGUCUAACUUUUGGCGUCGCUUUCAGUGGGUUCGCAAUUUCAGGGUACAACGUCAACCACUUGGACAUCGCACCCCGUUACGCCUCCAUCCUGAUGGGCAUGUCCAACGGCAUUGGUACGAUCGCCGGUCUGGUUUGUCCCAUCGUGAUCGACCACGUCACCAGCGAUCACAGCCGCGAGAGCUGGCGGACGGCGUUCAUCCUGGCCGCAUGCGUCCACUUCUUCGGCGUCACCUUCUACGCCAUAUUCGCCUCCGGAGAGCUGCAGUCGUGGGCAGAGCCGACCACCGCCGAGAUCGCCAGCUGGGGGCACCCGGACGACCCCCACGCCCAGAAGAAGCUGGCCAUAGCCCCCGCGGUUCCGCCACCCCCGAGACCAGCACCCCAUCCGAUGGCAGGACCGCCAGCAACCAGCACAAACCCUUUCCUCAACUACGGAGAGCCGGCCCCCAGUUACGGCUCGUUGGAUCAAGCGCAGAUGAGCAGCGACUGGGGCCCAGGCUACGGGUCGAUGGGCGAGUCCGGGUCCAUGCCACCGAUCCCGUAUUCAAACCACGUGGAGCCAGUCCAGCCGGAGUCCAGGGACUUCUACCAGCAGCCCGGACCGGAAGAUUGGCCCAUCAACCCGCACUAGCUGAGCAGCACAAAUCCAAAUCAAACGUAAUUGGAGUUGUCGCAAUAGUUCAAACUCUCUGCAUGGUUCCGAACACAAUAAUAUGGUUGUCGAGAUUUUUUCCUUUCUAUGUCGAUCAUCUCUUUGACGCGGCGCAGGCGGCGAAUAUGUUUUCGUUUGUUGAUGUGCGUUAUUGUCAAUUAGGUGAUUUCUAAAGAGUGAGAGUCCUGCACGCUAAUAAUGUUGUAAGUGAGAUGUUUUACGCGUCUGUUGAUGAACUGAUCUCUCUUAUUUUUUAACUUAUAAAUUAUUAUAUCCAUCCGCCUCGUAGAUCCACAAUAAGAAGCCAAUAAUCCUGUCAACCGAGACAAUACUUGCGAACAAUAAUUUUGGUUACGAUAUAUUAUACCCGAUAAAACGAUAUUAUAUGUUGUUCACGAAUACUAUAGCUACAAACCUGUUGUGAUUAUCUAGUUAAAUGUUAAUGUGUGUCGCGUGAAAGGAAUUGUGUGGUCAUUUCUGUGGGACAGAACAUUGGUUCCUCUCUUUAACAGCGAUAUUUUCUCGUCUCUUCGGGUGAAACGAUACGUGAUUUCUUUUAAAAUCCUUGAUAAAUUUUUAAACUGUGAAAGUCUGUCCCAAGCGAAAGUUCUGGAGCCGUUUUCUCGUCACGUAAUGCAGUCCUACGAGUCGAUUCUUCUAUAGAUCGUCUUGAUAAGAAUAAUAAUAAAAAAAAACAGUUUAUUUGAGGUAUGAAAAUGAUUUCCCGAGAUUCCCCAACCUCCAUUGCUGGGGCGCGAGUUGCGAACUCGCUCGCCCGGCUCUGCGAGAGUUGGAGUUAAGCUACUGUGUGAUAUUGUUUAUUUCCCCAAAAAACACUUUUGAAAUGAAAUUUUUAAACAAAAGAAAGCAUAAAAACUGUUAGUUAGGUGGUAUCAAAAAUAUAUUGCGGUAGGAUUAGUCAAGUAAGAAAGAAAGAAAGAGAAGUUGCGGUGGAUGUGGCAAACAAUAAUUUAAUUAAAAAAGACGAACUAUUAUAAAUAUAUAUUAUGCAUUACUUUUGCUGUGCAACAAACAAUAAAACGUGUAUAUAAACUAACUAUAGCAGCCAUUAGAUGUACGGAGAGUAAAGAUGGUCUUAAAACAGAACGUAUUCAAACCCUUCCAGAACAGACUUGCAAAAAGCUGUCGGAGGUGGACGUGUGCAUGAAUUGGUGAAAAAUAAAAAAAAACACAGCGUAGUUGCUCUUUGAAAGCAUGAACGAUAAUUAUUUCCAUUUUUGGUGUAUGCGCGCUCUAAUAAAAAGAGUUUACCGAGGAAGAGCGAAUCUUUGAUUUUAGAUGAAUGCAAUUUUUUCGCUACUUAAACUAGAGUAACUUUAAGGUGAAAACUAAAAAUCGAGAAUUGCUCCUGGCGAUUCUCUUGGCUGUGGCGACAAUAAUUACCGACCACCCCACGACAAUAGUGGGGCCGGUCACAUGUAUUUAGCUAAUAGGGACACAAAGGAGUUGUUAAUUGCGAAGAGAGCGCGUGCAAACUCCUUUAAGUCAAUAAAGAGCGGUCGAGUGCUUGGGCCAGAGCGAGAGGAAAAUCGGGAAAAAUCGGCAGCAGGCGACAUCUCUGGAAAGGCAGGUAGUUAGUUGCGAGAAAGGUGAGAGGCAACGAGACGCCCACUCGCCUGCUGCUUCAGAGCGCAAAAUCACAGUGAAAAUUUAGGUCUGUGCGUGCGUGCGAGCGAGCGAAAACUACACGUUUCAGUUAGGCCUGUCUAGAAUUUUAUUUGCGUCUGUGAUAAGUGUGCACGAUUUGGAAGCCGGGUUUGCGUGAACUUUGGUUCGUUUCGGGAUGUGCCAUCCCUAAUUUAAAUUAAAUCGACUUCGCUAACGAGAAAUUAUUAAAAAUUAUUCUCCCUCUGGCGCAAAACAAACCAAAUUCACUCCCAAAAAUGUUAUCUGGAAUGUCAAUUAAAAUUGCGGUUUGUCUGGAUUUCGUUUCGAUACUUCUUGCUUUUUGUUAGCGGCAAAUGAUUACCAGCAAUAAAGGCAAAAUUGCGUUGUUCGACCUCCCAUUGCGGAGGCUCGAUGUCGAAAAGGGCUAAAGAUUAAUUGCCCAGAGUCACAAAACCUAAAAGUAUUCACGUAGAUUAACGAAAAACGAAGUCUCGUCAGCGCAGGCAGGCUUCAAAGACAAAUUAAUUAAAAGCUAUCUCUCUCUCUCUCUGCUGUGUAAACAAAUAAUUCCAGUUGUGUUACGCUUGUAUUCAAUCCUCACGAGUCCAUAUCCGUAAUUGUGCGUUAAGUGAAUGUUGGUUAACCCUUAAAAGUCGACCUCCCUCCACCUUGUAGCGGAGCGAAUGUCUGGCCGGCACCGGGCACCGGAAUUCGAAACAACGGCCCCUGCCACUCGACAUUCGCGUGUAGGCCUUUUUCAUCUCCUCGUAAUUGUACAAUUAUUUUCGAUUCUGCUCUUGAUCACUGCGACUUUCACUGGUAAAUAACCAUACACCAUUGUAAUAAACAAAUUCAUAGGUGUGUACAAUGUAAGCCACUCAUCCUAAAAUAUGUAGGCAGACUUUGAUCAUUUCUCGCGAAUGGCUUAGUGUUGGAAUUGUUGAAGAAUUGGGCCCGACGCGUCCUGUGUAAGGGACAAAAAUUGCUCGUUGAGUUUUGACUGUAAUUCAUUUGUCCUCGAGUUAAAAGAUUAAAAUGAAUAAGAUAAUGUUACAAAGAUAAAAAUACCAAUGUGCUCAUUGUAGAAAAGCAUUACGGCAAAAGAGGCGAAUACUCAUAUCCAGAAUAAUACACUAACAAAGAAAGAUGUUGCAUAUAAGUGGUUCAAUUAUCCAGUAAAAAAUAUGUACUCUUAUCAUCGAAAUUCAUUAUCCUGUCCCAUAUGUGUGUACCGUCAUAACUGAAAGCGGAUUUGGAACAAAAGCAGACAGUAAAAAUUCAAAAUGCAUGUAAUUUGGUUUGGCAAAAACUAAAAAUGUUAAACCAUCUAUAAUAAUGAAAUCAGAUCAAUGUAAAAGUUCAAUUAAAACCAAUUUUGUUGGAAAA